AUGGCAAACGAAACGUUGGCAGCCGCCCCGCCGGCCCCUCAACUCAACACGGGACCGGUCUCCAUCUUCUUCAUGGUCUGGGGCGUAACGUGGACUAUGCUGCUUGUCCUGGGCAUGACAUUCCUGUACUACAACCGCGCUAUGCCUCUCGUACGCGUCCGAGGUCUACGUCUGACCUUCGCCGCCGUCAUCCUUUUGCACCUGUACUGGAUCGUGUGUCAGUUCGGCCUGUUAAUUUUCGAGCUUGUCCCGCCCGAGGUCAUGUUCUGGAUUAUGGGCAUGUAUGUGCCCUGGGGUAUUGCGCUGUUCCACGCUAGCAACAGUCGUUUCCUGUACGUCGCGGAGGCCCAGAAGCGCUUCGUCGGGAAGACUCCUGCGGUGAGGGAGAAGCCUCCUGUCAAGAACGAUAAGUCUCUACUAGGCAAGUUCUGGAAGCUGGAAUACGAGAGAAGAAUCGUGGUCGUCGUCUGCGUGGGAAUGGCGCUACAGUUUCUUCUCCUGGUUACAAUGUACCUCCUUUCCCGCAAAUACCAUCCGUCCUUCGGCAUCCCCGGUACCGAGGUCACCACUACCAACCCUCUGGAGCGUAUUAUGCAGCUGUAUAGCGGUUGGGAAUGGUGGCCGUCCAUCCUGUGGCAGUUUUUCUGGGCCUGGAUCGUGGCUCCCUACAUCCUCUACAAAUCGCGUGGCAUCAAAGACACGCUGGGCUGGCGUGUGCAGACCAUCGCCUGCUGCAUCGCCGGUCUGCCGGCCACGCCUCUGUGGCUCGCGGCGCUAUACCUGCCCUCCUUUGCAGCCGUAAACCGCUACUUCAUUCCGCCGCAAUGGAUCUGCCUCAGCAUCACAUUUAUCGAAUUCUUCGCAAUCAUCCUCCCUUGCUGGCAGGUCCUGACCCACAAGACCCUGCGCCGGGAGACACUCGACGCCAUCGCCAACUGGGAAUCCAGGCGUGGCGGCGACAAAGACGGAAAGCAGUCUUUCGCUACCGAGUCGACCAAACAGGAAUCUACCACUUCCACUUGGCGCCUGCUCUCCGAAAUCGAAAAGGCCACGGGCCAGUCCGAAAGUCUUUUCACCAUGACCGCCCUCGACUAUAUGCUAAAACGCAACCCAGAACCGCUGCGGGAGUUUUCCGCCCUACGGGACUUUUCAGGCGAGAACAUUGCCUUUUUGUCCGCCGUGGCCGACUGGAAGGCCGGCGCGGCCAAGCCAGACGCGCCGACGGACAAGAGUUCACUGCAAAGUGAGGAGGGCGUCGAGCUGCGGCGCGUGCGCUUCAACGAUGCGCUGCAAAUCUACGCCGAGUUUGUAUCAGCCCGCCACGCCGAAUUCCAAGUUAACAUCGGUUCGGCGGACCAGAAGCGGCUGGAUGGCGUGUUUGGCCCUGCAACACAGAUUUUGUUGGGAGACUCGCAGAGAUUCGAUGACCUGGCUGUCCCAUUCGAAAGGGAAUCCACCGACGAAGGGGUAGAGAGAUGUCGGGCCCAGUACUUUGGGGAAAUCCCGGAUGAGUUCAACGAUGAGAUCUUUGACGAUGCCGAAGUUAGCAUUAAAUAUUUAGUGCUGACGAACACGUGGCCCAAGUUUGUGAAGCAGGGACGGUAUAGUAUGUCGGUAAAUUCUGUGGGGAGCCAGAGUAGUGACGGUAACACUGAGAAAGAAAUUGGGCGGGUGAAGAAAUACUUGAGGAGGAUGAAAGUUGAGGUUACUGCUUUUUGA